UUCCUUUUCCUGUGGGAGCCGUCGGGUUGAGAGGAGCGUGGUCUUCUCUCCCCGCUAUGGCGUGUGCUCGUCCACUGAUAUCAGUGUACUCCGAGAAGGGAGAAUCAUCUGGCAAAAAUGUUACCUUGCCUGCGGUAUUCAAGGCUCCGAUUCGACCGGAUAUCGUAAACUUUGUUCACACCAACUUGCGCAAAAACAACAGGCAGCCCUACGCUGUUAGUGAAUUAGCAGGUCAUCAGACCAGUGCUGAGUCUUGGGGUACUGGCAGAGCUGUGGCUCGAAUUCCCAGAGUUCGAGGUGGUGGGACUCACCGCUCUGGCCAAGGUGCUUUUGGAAAUAUGUGUCGUGGAGGCCGCAUGUUUGCACCAACCAAAACCUGGCGCCGCUGGCACCGUAGAGUAAACACAACUCAGAAGCGCUAUGCCAUCUGCUCUGCCCUGGCUGCCUCAGCCUUACCUGCACUGGUCAUGUCUAAAGGUCAUCGUAUUGAGGAAGUUCCUGAACUUCCUUUGGUGGUCGAAGAUAAAGUUGAAGGCUAUAAGAAGACCAAGGAGGCUGUUUUGCUUCUUAAGAAACUUAAGGCCUGGAAUGAUAUCAAAAAGGUCUAUGCUUCUCAGCGAAUGAGAGCUGGCAAGGGUAAAAUGAGAAACCGACGACGUAUCCAGCGCAGAGGACCAUGCAUUAUUUAUAAUGAGGACAAUGGUAUCAUCAAGGCUUUCAGAAACAUCCCAGGAAUUACGCUGCUUAACGUAAGCAAACUGAACAUUUUGAAACUUGCUCCUGGUGGGCAUGUAGGGCGUUUCUGCAUUUGGACUGAAAGUGCCUUUCGUAAGUUAGACGAACUGUAUGGCACUUGGCGAAAAGCUGCCUCCCUGAAGAGCAACUAUAACCUGCCCAUGCACAAGAUGAUCAAUACAGACCUUAGCAGAAUCUUGAAAAGCCCCGAAAUCCAAAGAGCCCUCCGAGCACCACGCAAGAAGAUUCAUCGUAGAGUCCUGAAGAAGAACCCACUGAAAAAUCUGAGAAUCAUGUUGAAGCUGAACCCAUAUGCAAAGACCAUGCGCCGAAACACCAUUCUUCGCCAGGCCAGGAAUCACAAACUCAGGGUGGCUAAGGCGGCAGCGGCAGCAGCACUAGAGGCCAAAGCAGAUAAGAAAGGGGUUCCAGGCAAGAAGCCUGUGGUAGGGAAGAAAGGAGGAAAGAAAGCUGUUGAUGUGAAGAAACCGAAGAAGCCUGUGGUGGGAAAGAAGGCUGCAGCCACCAAGAAACCAGCACCUGAGAAGAAGAAGCCAACAGAAAAGAAACCUACCACAGAGGAAAAGAAGCCUACAGCAUAAACUCUUAAUUCAUUUAUUCCAUACAAGUUAAAUCAUUUGGGACAGCUUAUUUUGAAUAAAUACCUGAUCAAAGAGGCAGUGAGGAGUAUG